CUACUGAAACAAGAGGCAAAUAGCUCCAAGGAGUCCCUCUCUACGUGUCAAACAUACACCAAAAAGAAACAUCCAGUCAAAGCAGGAAAUAGCCAAGAAGUUCCAGCUAUCAAUGGGAACGGGAAUGUCGCAAAGGCCAAAUCCACAGAUAAAAUGGACAGUGGUUCUGGUCUUCCGCCAGCAAAGUCGAAAUCCAAGACAGUUGCAAUGGAUAAGAAUUUGAACGGCACCAAAAGCAAUGGAAAAGGCUUUAAAGAAAAAAAGAAAAAUGGCAGUAUUUUAAAGGAGAAGGGGGAUAUAAAACAUAAGAGGAGGAAAGCUGAGGAACACGUGGAGCAGCAACCCAAAGAGGCUGACAUCUGGUUUGAUGACGUGGAUCCAAAAGAUAUCGAAGCAGCAAUAGGACCUGAAGCAGCAAAAAUUGCUAGAAGAAAUCUGGGACUUGAAACGGGCGAAUCCAAACAGUCUGUGGAGCAGGUGCUGGUUAAAGAAAAUGCUUCUGAAGGGCUGACGCGAGCUGUAGCCAUGGACUGCGAGAUGGUGGGAGUGGGGCCUAAGGGUGAAGACAGUAUUGUGGCUCGUGUGUCCAUCGUGAACCAGUUUGGAAAGUGCGUUUAUGACAAGUACGUCAAGCCGACAGAAAAGGUGACUGAUUACAGAACAGCUGUUAGCGGCAUCCGCCCCCAGAAUGUAAAUACAGGUGAAGAUUUUAAAACGGUUCAGAAGGAGGUCGCUGACAUCUUGAAGGGAAGGAUUUUAGUCGGACAUGCUUUGCGCAACGAUCUAAAGGUCCUAUUUCUUGAUCAUCCACAGAAGAAGAUACGUGACACACAAAGAUACAAGCCU